AUGGACAAGCUCAAGGCGAAGCGGACUUCACGACGAUCUUUGAACAGCCGGAUCAUCAAUGAGGCAAGUGCCCUACUUCGCAACGACUCCGCAACGCAUGAGCAGCUCGAUUCCAUCUACGAGAGGCUCAAAACGAACAACGAUGAGUUGAACAAGAUCAACAACGGAUUAGAGAGCGUCAUCACGGACGAGGACUUCCAAUCCGAGUACGAAACAAUUUUAGAGUAUGAAGACAACGCGACGCGCAUUCUCGCCGAGCUCAUAAGCCGUCGGAACCGCAUUUCAAGCACACCAGCAGAAGAGGGAUCGGGGUCGGGGCCGGCUACCAAUGUGAUCGCUACACCAUCAGAGAGGACGGGAGCCAAGCUGCCGAAGCUCACGAUCGCGCCCUUUUCUGGAGAUGUGUGUAAAUGGACGGAGUUCUGGGAGCAGUUUCUCCAGAUUGUCCACAACAACGUCACCCUGACUACGACGGAGAAAUUCCACUAUCUGCGACAGUUUUUAAAAGGAGACGCUGCGUCAGCGGUGGCCGGUCUUCCAACGACUGAAGCAUGCUAUAAGGACGCUGUAGACCUACUACAGAAGCGCUUCGGGGACAAGACCCGCCAAGAGCAGGAAUACUUUGCAAGAUUGCGUCAGCUGACUCCUGUUCGAGCAUCUGGUGAUACAAGAGCCCUCCGACAACUCUACGACCACGUGCUCGUGAACAUCCGAGGGCUGGAGUCACUGGGUGUGCAGCGGUCUUCAUUUUCGUCGAUGCUCUGCGACGUCAUACUUAGGGCAUUACCCCGAGACGUCGUGGUCCUGUAUCACCGUACCUGUGCCGCACAAGCUGAGAAUGAUGCCGCGGACAACGCAGGGCUGGACGGUCUACUGAAGCUCCUUUCGGUCGAACUGGAGAGUUUGGAAAAAAGCGACUAUAAGGAUAGCAGCGGACGAGACAGCGGGGCUCAACAUGUGGCGACCCAGCCAGCCCGUAGUCGGCCUUGGAAGCAGCCUACGUCAUCUGUUCUCCAUACGAAAUCGACUCGUGAUUAUCAGCACUACAACGAGAUGUGUGCGUUCUGUUCAUCCAAGCAGCACUCCACGGAAGCGUGUCCUACCGACAUGUCCCUGACGCAAAAGAAGCAAGUGCUGUCGAGUGACAAAAGGUGCUUCCGAUGUACCACGAAAGGCCACAGGGCACGCGACUGCAAGCGGAGGAUCUCGUGUUCGAAGUGCAAAGGCCGACAUGCCUCGAGUAUGUGUGACCCAGACAGGAUUCCACAGGACUCGCACCAAGCCGCCCGGACUGACCGUGCAAGUGCGACAGUUUGCUCAUCACUAGGGAGACGACGGCGAAGCAGCGAUGGAUACAAUGCGUGCGUCUUCCUCCAAACGUUCCGAGCCUGGGCGGUAAGCGAUCACAACUGCCGCUACGUGCGAGGUGUAUUCGACGGUGGCAGUCAGCGUACCUUUGUCACCGAGGAGUUGUCACGACACUUGGGCUUAAAAUGCCUCGGAUCCAUAAACAUGGCUCUCAACACCUUCGCCAGUGCCUCAAACCAAGCGGCCGAAAAUCGACGAAUAGUGGAGCUUCGCUUACGAAGUCAGUUUUCUGACAUGGAGGUUUCGCUAAGUGCCAUUGAGAUUCCGCACAUCUGCCAAGACAUCGACGAAACAAGAAUGGAAGUCUCAUUUGUCGCUUCUUUUAAGAAAUUGGGAAGGGACGUAGCCGAUGAACUCGCACACGCAUCAGUGAUCACACAAAGUGGAAUCGGCGUGCUGAUCGGCUCUGAUCAAAUGUGGAGAGUCCUGACCGGUGAAGUCCUACGGUGUGAGGACAAUGAUUCACUGAUUGCCAUGAACUCCAAGCUUGGUUGGACGUUUCAAGGACGCACUACCUUCUUGACAUCACAGUGUGCCACAACGAGAAUGAUGGUUUGCGCCUUGAAGACUCAAGUAGUCGAGUCAGAUGAGUUUCUACGGACGUUCUGGGAACUGGAGCACCUUGGCAUAUCCGACUCAGUUGAAAGACCUAAUGAAGUCAGCAAGGUCAUGCAACACUUCGAAAGCACCAUAACAUACUGCGACGGAAGGUAUGAAGUGGCGCUACCUUGGAAGGAGGGAUGCGAGCUUUCCGACAACAAGCAAGUUGCUGUGACAAGGCUCCAUAAGCUGCUUACUCGUCUAGCGAAGCAAAAGGGAUUAUUACAGACAUACGACGACACCAUACGCGAGUACGUGCGAGCGGGACACGCCGAAAUUGUUGAUGACGUUCCUCCGGAGCCAGACAAGUUGUACUACAUGCCACACAAGGAAGUCAUCAGAGAGCAGGCGUUGACUACGAAAGUACGGGUGGUUUUCGGCGCAUCAUCUCAUGACAAGGGAUGCAAGUCUCUCAAUGAGUGCCUUGAAAAGGGAGACAACCUCUACCAAGACCUUGGGAAGAUACUUCUGCGUUUCAGGACACAUCCUAUAGCGGUAAUCGCUGACAUAGAGAAAGCAUUCCUACAAAUAUCCAUACGGAAAGAAGACAGAGACGCUUUUCGGUUCAUGUGGUUUGCCGAAGGUGACUUAAUGGGUAGUCAGCUCCAAGAAUGGAGGAUGACUCGUGUACCCUUUGGAGCUACAUGCAGCCCAUUCCUCCUCACGGCGACCAUCCUUCACCAUGUGAGGCGAACGCAAGGUGUCAAAGAGAAAACAGCAACAAGACUGGCCGAGUCCUUUUACGUAGAUGACCUGGUUACGGGCGCCGACACGGAAGACGAAGCUGAAGAAUUUUGUCGUGGAGCGCAACAAAUCAUGAAAGCAGCGGGAAUGGUCCUACGCAAAUGGACCACAAACUCACCUAACCUAAUGGUUGCACUGGAACGACAGAAGGAGUCUGCCAGUCAAGAACUGGUAGUGCUUCAUGAGCAAUCUGUUAAAGUUCUUGGCGUUGCUUGGAAUCCCGUUAAGGACGAGUUCAGUUUCUCGGUCGACCGACUGCUAGACUUUAUGAAAGAGAAACUUGACACUAAACGGUUCGUCUUACAGGCGACGUCGAGAAUAUUUGACCCACUCGGAAUGGUUGGACCGUACACCAUUGCCAUACGGAUACUAUUCCAAAAACUGUGGACACGUGGAAUAAGCUGGGAUGACCAACUACCUGAUGACCUACGAGACGAAUGGGAAAACCUAGUACGGCAGCUUCCACAACUGCAGGAAAUAUCGAUUCCUCGCUAUCUGGGCGGAAGGAGAAAGUUUCCAAGUGAAAUGCACCUGCAUGUCUUCUGCGACGCCAGCCCAGCAGCGUACGGAGCCGUAAUAUACGCCGUUACUACCAUGGCCGAACGACCCAUCUUGCUGAUCUCCAAGGCACCAAUGUUUGGUAAAGAAAGCCCCAACCAGCCUGGCAUUAUCAUCAAGCACAAGCUGCCGUCUAACCUGCAUGUUUAUGCUGAGUCCAAGGCCUGA